AUGGCUGAGAAAACAAAAAAGAACUCUCACUUCAAUAACCCUUACAAAGACCCUCUUUUUAUUGCUGUCAAUGAGAAUGCAGCAACAGCCCUUGGAGGUAUUACCUUUGAUGGUAAUAAUUUCCUUAACUGGAGCAGAAGCAUUAAGAUUGCACUUGGAGCCAAGAACAAGAUAAGUUUCUUGGAAGGUAAGCACCCUAAACCCAGAGAAGCUGGAGAAGAGAUGCAGAAGUGGGUUAGAUGUGAUUACAUGGUGAGGUCCUGGCUACUUGCAACUAUGAAGCCAGAGAUUGCUGGAAGUCUUGUGUCUAUGCAUUCUACAAUAGAUCUAUGGAAUGAAAUUGUGGAAAGGUAUGGCCAAGCGAAUGCACCACAGCUGUUUCACCUUAAAAAGGAACUCUGGGAACAACAACAAGGUAGUAUGAGUGUUGGAGAAUAA